AUGCAGGGCCUCCUCUGCCCCGGGCACAUCCGCUCCUGUAUGUCGCCGCGACGACCGGCCCCGUCUCCUGCGUCUGCACCGCCCCGCGGCCUUCUCCUCCUCGGCGCCGCGCCCGGCGGCCCCGUCCGCGCCACCGCCCCAGCAACGUCUCCACAGACGUGCCCCGUCGUCGCGGCGACUAGCUCCCACGCCACCCAGCCUUGGCUCCCUGCUGUCGCUGCUCCGCUGCAGUCACGGCCACCAGAGGCCCCCUACGCCUGCUUCUACUCGCUCUCCACAAACGGCCCCGUCGUCGACUCCUUCGAGGUUGCGCCCGUCCGUCCGCGCCCCGCGCCCGCCGGUCUCUCCCGGGUCCGGCUCCCUGCGUCGGCCCGGCCGCCCCACGCCGGGUCCGGCUCUCGCGUCGCCCCUCGGCUGCCAGGCCCCUCGCCGCCUCCGGCUCGGUGCCCCGCCCGCCGGCCUCGUCUUCAACCCGGCCAGCCGCCUCCGCUCCCGCGCCGCGUACCGGCCGCCGGCUUCUACCGCGACCCGGCCGCCGGCUGCUGCGACAUCCCGGCCUCCUGCACUGGCUGCUGCCGUGACCCGGCCGCCGGCUGGUGCGGCAUCCCGGCCUCCUGCGCUGGCCGGCUCCGCCCGGCGACCAGGCCUGCCGGCUCUGCCCGCGCCGGCUUCGCUGACGACCCGGCCUGCCGGCUCCCCAGCAACCCGGACGCCGGCCUCUGGCGCGACCCGGCCGUUGGCUUCCGCCGCGUCCCGCUCCUGCCAGCUCAUCAGGCAGAAAAUAAAGAAAACAGAGAGAAGAAAAGUCAAGCCAGCAGCUGA